AUGGGCUCUCUCUGGGGCUUAGCUGUGCCUCUCCUUCUCCUCUGCUGGAAGGCUGGAGUCGCUGCCAGCUCUGCAGAUACUUCAGCUACAAGUGGCAGCCCCAAAGUAGAAAUGAGCACUGUCAAGACAGGCACAGUGAGUGACCCCGUAGACACUAUCUUUGACACCUUUUAUACAGAUGACAGCUCUGAAGAAGCUAGGACGACCACAGUUGACCUUUUGACCUUGGCUCACACGUCCACAGAAGCUGAACACCUGUCCUCAGAGAGCGGCUCCACCUUGGACAACUCAGCUAGGGCCCUCACCAGCCCACAGGUCCUGGGACCCGACACUGCACCUCCAGCCAAGGACUUGGUUGUCGUUAGCAUCACAGAAACAGAAACACCUGCCAUCAUCCCUGGGACCUCUGACACAAACCACAGCCCUACAGGGGCCUUGUUCACUUCUGAGACGCUAACUUUGCCUCAAUCCCCUGAGGCAAAUCCACUUAGCCCCAAGACCACAAGCUCAUUUGGGACUCUGUUGACAACUGGUACCUCAGCUCUUGCCAUUACCCCGGAGGGCACACUCCCUACUAGUGACGUCACAGAGAGAGAAACAACAGUGGCUCAGACUCCUGCCUCUGGUGGGACUUUGGUGACAGUUAGUGCAAGUCCACUGAAAGAAACCUCAGCACUCUCUCUUGAGACGCAAAGCCACACUGAGGUCUUGGGAACAAUUACAGUUCCCAGGACUGCUGGACCAACAAUGGCAGAAACAAUAUCCUUCUCUGGUUCAACUUCAGACAGUAGCCCCUCAGCAGGGGCCACCACCAAGGGUUCUCCCACCUCAGAGACUUUAACCACAGAUGAUAGAACCAGCAGCUCUCCCCUCGCAGGUAGUAGCCCUCUUCCUUUUGUCUAUUCAAGUACAGCCAGCACCAGCAAAAACCCAAAUAUCACCUUAGCCAAGACCACAGCCUCACCAGAGACCCCAGGGAUGCCCUCAUCAUCUACACCCACUACUUCUUGGACAAGGAGAACCCCAAAACACGAUCCCGGUGAAGAUGGCGGCUUCCUCCUUGUACGGGUGAGUGUGGCCUCCCCUGAGGACCUCACUGAGCCCAAAGCUGCAGAGAAGCUGAUGCACCAGCUCAGCUGCGAACUGCACACCCACAUGCCACUCGUCCAAGUGUCCGUACUGAGCGUCAGAAGGACCUGA